UGAUUUUAAAUUUUUUUAAGAAGGGUGUUAUGUGUUUUGUUCAUGAUGAUUUGGAAUUAAAAGCAAAAUACACUUUAUUUAUUUAAACAGAACAAGUAGCAAAGAAAACAUGACAUUGAACAAUUCCGAUUUUAAAUCAGUUUUAUCAGGGAUACUGGAAGAUACGAAUGACACUGAUGAGGCGGACAUUACUGCGGUUGUGGCAACAAAACAAAGUACAGUUAUAUAUCUAACACUCCUCUUUUUUAUUAUCGGUGUAAUAGGAAUUAUGGGAAACAUGUUAGUCAUUUUUGCGGUUAUUUGUAGCAAAAAAAUGAGAACAUCUAUGACUAAUUUACUUAUAACAAAUUUAGCUUUCGCAGAUCUCCUGAUAAUGGUACUGGGGAUUCCAGAAAUAUUUCAAUUUAUGAUGAACAAAGGCUGGACUUUUGAUGAUUUGGUGUGCCGUAUAAACCGCUACGUGUUGGUGACGUCAUUAUAUGGAUCGGUGUUGACGUUAAUUUCUUUGUGUGUCGAACGGUACAUUGCAAUUAUACAUCCGAUUAAAGCUCACAUCCUAUGUAAUCGUCGACGCAUUGUUGUUGUACUUGGCUGUAUAUGGCCGUUUGCCUGGCUUGCCGGUCUGCCAACACUUUUCUUCAAUCAAGUAAGGCAGGGACAUCCGACUCAUCCUCAUUCGUCAAUCAAGUACUGCAUGAUUCUCUUUCCGGACAAUCCUGACUUAUACUACAUGUUAUUCAAAAUCACAGAAUCGGUGAUAUUCUAUUUUCUCCCUUUGUCUGUUCAACUAACUUUAUAUGCUUUCGUCAGCAAACACUUGUUUAUUGGUUCGGAUAGGCUACAUCGUACAUACACUGUUAGAGAUAGGAAUGGGACAUCAAUGGAGCGUUAUUCUGAAGCCAUACAAGCUAGAAAAGGAGUCGUAAAAAUGCUAAUGGCCAGCGUCAUUGUAUAUUUUCUUAGUUACUCACCAAAUCAAAUUUUACUAAUUUGGAACACGGUGAGACCAAAAACAUUCCAUGAAAACUGGUCGUUUCUUGUAUUUACCAUGAUCGUCGCUUAUAUCAAUUCAGCAGCCAAUCCAAUUUUGUACAGUAUUUUCAGUCAGAAUUUUAGAGAGUGUUUUCGAGAUAUACUUUGUCGAUGUUGCCCAAAACAACCACAGCGUCGACGUACUUUACGGACCGGAAGUACACCAAGUACAUACAAUACAUAUAGCACAACGUCACGGUACUGGAGACAUACGUCUUUAGCGUCAGCUGUCACAGAUGUGUAAUUUAACCAAAAUUUUAACCUUACAUUUUUCAGACAUUUAGAUCCCUGUUUAAAAUUAAAUACUUUUGUUAUAUUAUUUUUCUGGUCGUUCGGAUACCACUUAAACUCACGAGCAGAGUCAAUCAAACCUCAGCAAUUUUCGUCUAAUUUUGUUGCUUUCUUUUCUAUUUUCUUUUUUUUUCUUCUUUUUUUUCUUUUGCGAGAAAUCACCCCUUUUCCAGAUAAAGAAUGAUUUUUGUUGGUUAAUAAUGAAAUGAAUA